UCUCUCUCUCUCUCUCUCUCUCUCUCUCUCUGUCUCUGUGUCUGCCAACAACUGGCUCUCCUCCUCACCGCUCUCUCAACCAGCCUUGGAUUUAUUUUUCUUACAGUUUUAUGGGUUGGAAUGACAUUACCCUGAACUGAGCCUGCUGUAAUGAGAUCCUCUGUCCUAGGAUCAGUUUGCACUCUGCUCUUGCUGUUGCGGGAGCCUGCAUGCCAGGGCGAUGAGGUUACCUCCGAAACAGUCAACCCAUGCUGUUAUAUCCCCUGUCAGCACUCGGGUGUGUGUGUCAGGUAUGGUGAGGACAAGUAUGAGUGUGACUGCACUCGUACGGGCUUCAGUGGAGAAAACUGCACUGUCCCUGAGUUCUGGACAAGAGUGCGUCAGUUCUUAAAGCCUGGCCCAGAUACGGUGCAUUACAUUCUCACCCAUUUCCGCCUGCUGUGGGACAUGAUCAACUAUACCUUCCUACGGGACGUCCUCAUGCGACUGGUUCUAACAGUGAGGUCCAACUUAAUACCCAGCCCUCCAACCUACAACUCAAAAUAUAGCUACCUCAACUGGGAAUCCUACUAUAAUCUGAGCUACUACACUCGGAUUCUGCCCCCAGUGCCAGAGGACUGCCCCACACCUUUGGGUGUCAGAGGCAAGGCUGGGCUACCUGACCCUGAGCUGCUGGUUGAGAGACUUCUGAAGAGAAGGACGUUCAGACCCGACCCCCAGGGCUCCAACCUCAUGUUCGCCUUCUUCGCACAGCACUUCACCCACCAGUUCUUUAAGACCUACAAUCGCAUGGGUCUGGGCUUCACCAAGGCUCAAGCACAUGGGGUGGAUGCAGGGCAUAUUUAUGGAGACAACCUGCAACGUCAGCUCCAGCUCAGGCUCCACAGUGAUGGGAAACUCAAGUAUCAGUUAAUUGACGGCCAGAUGUACCCUCCCUCUGUAGCUGAUGCACCCGUUAAAAUGAGUUACCCGCCUGGGAUCCCUCCUGAGGGUCAGAUGGCCAUUGGUCAGGAAGUGUAUGGACUCCUCCCUGGUUUGGGAAUGUACGCCACGCUGUGGCUGAGGGAGCAUAACCGAGUGUGUGACAUCCUGAAGGCAGAGCAUCCCACCUGGGAUGACGAACAGCUUUUCCAGACAACACGCUUCAUCAUCAUUGGCGAGACAAUAAAAAUUGUGAUAGAGGAGUAUGUGCAGCACCUCAGUGGAUACCUGCUGCAGCUGAAGUUCGAUCCCACCCUGCUGUUUAACUCGAACUUCCAGUAUGGUAACCGCAUUGCUCUGGAGUUCAGCCAGCUUUACCACUGGCACCCCUUGAUGCCUGACAGCUUCUUUAUUGAUGGAGAUGAGCUGACAUACUCGCAGUUCAUCUUCAACACUUCUGUUAUUACAAACUACGGCAUUGAGAAGCUGGUGGAUGCCUUCGCUCGGCAGCCUGCUGGCCAGAUUGGCGGCGGCUUUAACAUGAACGCUGUGGUAACCAAAGUGGCUGUAGGAGCCAUAAAGGAGUCCCGCCAACUCCGCAUACAGCCCUUUAACGAGUACAGGAAGCGAUUUAACCUCAAGCCAUACACAUCGUUCAGCCAAUUCACUGAUAAUGAGGAGAUAGCCCGUGAGCUUGAAGAAUUCUACGGUGACAUUGAUGCUCUUGAGUUUUAUCCUGGUCUGCUGUUGGAGAAAACGCGACAGGGGGCCAUAUUUGGAGAGAGCAUGGUGGAGAUGGGUGCCCCCUUCUCCCUUAAAGGCCUUCUGGGAAACCCCAUAUGUUCUCCAGAUUACUGGAAGCCCAGCACAUUUGGAGGCAAGGUCGGCUUUGACAUAGUGAACUCUGCCACGCUGAAGAAGCUGGUCUGUUUGAACACAAGGACGUGUCCCUAUGUGGCGUUUAGAGUACCGACAGAGGAGCAAUCCCAAAGUAAAGUAAGGACUGAUGAGCUAGCCGUUAUCAUGACGACUCUAGAUGACAAGCUCCUGGGAGAGAAGCUGCAGUACUACUACAGCAGCAGUGAGGAUGAAGGCAGCGAUAACGAGGAUGAUGAUGGAGAAAACAAGACCAUCCGGGACGGUACCGUCAAUGAGCCCGAGAUAGACUACAGCGCAGAUGGAAGUGCCGUCAACACAGGACCAAAGGGUGUUAUCAAUGACUGGAGGAAGUACAAGCAGCUGGAGGUGGAGCAGAAAAAUGAGCAGAAGAGAGAGAUGGAAAGACUGAUCAAGAAGCUGUCGAUGUCCUGCCGCUCCGACCUUGACCUGCAGAAAGACAAAGAGAAAGAGCAAGAGCUGAAAGACAAAAUCAAAGGCAAAAUGACCAUGCAAGAGUACAACAUGCUCCAGGAAGAAGAGGACGACGAAGACUUCCUCCAACAUUACCGCAUGCAGCGCAUUGAAGAGAUGCGGCGCCAGCUCUGCCGCGGCAAACGUUUUGCGCAGGUGUAUGAGCUAAGUAGCGGCGAGGACUUCCUGGAGGCUUUGGACAACGAGGAUAAAACCACGCUGGUGAUGAUUCACAUCUACGAGCCGGAGGUCCCGGGCUGCGAGGCCAUGAGCGGAAGCCUGAUGUGUCUGGCUCAGGAAUACCCGCUGGUCAAAUUCUGCAGCGUCCGCAGUUCGGCCAUCAGCACCAGCGCACUGUUCAGAGACAGCGCUCUGCCUGCUCUGCUCGUUUACAAAGGAGGGGACCUGAUCGGCAACUUCGUGCGGGUCACGGACCAGCUUGGGGAGGACUUCUUUGCUGUGGACCUGGAGGCGCUGCUGCAGGAGUACGGCCUGCUGCCCGACAAGCCGCCCAUCGUUCAGAAGACGAUUCGCAACGGAGCCAUCAUUCAGAACACUGUGAGCGAUGAGGACUCUGACCUUGAUAUAGACUAGAGCCAUAAUAACUCACAUGCAUUAUAUGCUUGGGAAACAUGCACACACAAUCUGCAUGGACUACAAAUCAUUUUCAUGUAGGGCUGUACCGAAUGUCAUUUUUUUUACAUUUAAAGCAUCUAAUAAGGUUUUCAAAUGACACUUCAAAUGUCUGUUUUUCUAACAAUCUUGUUUUUAUUGAAUCACCUUGCUUUAGUUAUUUACUGUACUAGUGUUUAAGCUGAAAUAGAUUUUUUCGCAUUGUGGUUCUAUUAAUGUAAUUUAUGAUGCUGUUAGAUUGCUCCUUUAAUUCAGGGGCGUGCCUCUCUUUGUGAGUAGCAAACUGGAGAGCAAACAUUUUUUUGGCAAAAAAGUGAAAAUGUUUUUGAAUGCCAACAAUUGUGGAUUGAAGCAAAAAAUCUCAUUUGAUAAAGGCAUGAUACUUUGGGAGAAUCUCAGCUAUUGUUUCGCUAUUGUCAUUUGAAACAUAAGGAUCACAUGAGUUGGAAACAACGCUAUGCAGCCACCACUGGUAUUUAAUUUGACAAAUAAUAUAAUGCUUAUAAUAUUAGAAUAUAAUCAGAGGCUGAUAAUGUUUUAUCUGCAACUGUGCAGAAAUACUGGAUUGAAACAGAAUGGACAUGCAAAGAAACAACAAAGCAGAAUUAAGAAUAUAACAAUUCGGUACAGCCCUAUUGUUAUGUAUGUGGACCUCUGUUGUGAUAACUGACUGAGCCAGGAUCGCCAUGUUCUUCCUCACAGCAACAUAAAACCACUGAAACUAAACCAAAAGUGAAUGCACGCAAAACAUCUCACAGCCCAGUUAGUUUCAUCAUGACAUCAGUCCAUGGUUAACAUAAGUUAUUUUUAAUAAAGGUAAUUUCUUUGACAUUAUUCAUAUUGAGGAGCUGUUAUGCAUAGUGAGAAUGAUGUAGAUGUUAUGUUAAAUGUUUUCUUUAAGCUGUGACUGUCAACUAUUUAUUUGUUGUGUUCAAACACAUUCCCUCUUUCUUUUUCUUUUUGUCGUGCAUCUUCUUCGUAUUAAAUAUCUUUCACUCUGUAGAAUACGAAAACUGCAGCCCAAACUGACUUUUAGUUGAUUUUAUAACUUUUAUAUGUGCUGUACCAUUUCAAAUAGUGUGAAGAAUAAACAAAUGUUUGGACUCAA